AUUUUUAUUAUUUUAUUGUUUCACUUCUACGUGACUUUACCGAAAGAACCAAGAAUAUGAAUCCCUGUAGUCACGAAAGCUUUAAAUCAAAACUUUGGUGAUGUUGAAAUGUGCUCUUAUGCCACAGCCUUCACACUCCCGUUUAUUAUUGUGCACGGCUUAGCCGCGGGACAUUUAAUGGCGUGGAAUUAUUUUCCUUGACAGUGGCGAAUUUUAAUGUCCGCUGCUCGUCACCCGCAGUGUGGAUGAUGCUGAAAGUCACACUCCCCCAACAGAGUUCCUCUCAAGGUCGGUCAAUAUUAGCUCAAGGACUGUAACAGCACCUGGAGGACACGGGUCUCAAGGUAACGAGAUGGGGGCGCCAGGCGAGUCGUUCCACGGUCGAGGUGGCUUCUGCUAACGAAGUGACCCUUCUUAGGUGGCCAGGUGGCUCGGAUGUCGGCGUUGAAUCUGGCACCGCUGAGGUCCCGGGGUUUUGAAUCCAGGCAGUUGCUUGUGAUUAUGCCCGGUGCUCUCGUGUAGCGAGUUAAUGGUCUCAGCCCCAUCGCCAAUGGCUGCAAUAAAAAAAAACACACCCAUGACAUUCAAAAAUGUUCUGCGCAUAAUUCUGCUAAAUUCCAGUUAUGUGAGAAUUAAAAAUAUCGGUUUGUUACGCCCAACGAUUUGGACCAGAGGUCACUUCAGGGUAUGUCAGAGGUGGUAGCUCUGUGAUGUCUGCCUCCCUCGACCAUUGUCUAACAUGUAAAGGGUUGCACAAUCUGAAACUUUAUUUUUGCAUUAGGAAUUGCCCAUUGUCUUUGUCGUUCACAGAUGACUUUGUUCGGCUGCCUGUGCCGAAAAUCCAGCAGGUCUUCCACUGGGACUGUGGCCUCGCCUGCGCCCGCAUGGCCACUCAGUACGUGCGCGGAGUGGGCGAGGAGGAGUUCCAGGGCGCGUGCGAGCGGCUUCACCUGCGCGACAGUGUGUGGACCAUCGACCUGGCCUACCUGCUGGUGGCACUCAAUGUGCGGCACCGCUUCUGCACGCAGACUGUUGGUGUAGACCGCGGUUACCGGAACCAGAGCUUUUACCGCCGGCACUUUGAGACGGAUGAAGAGAGGGUGAAUCGGCUUUUCCAGAUGGCUGCCUCGAAUGGAGUGGUGGUGGAGAAAAGGUCGGUGUCAGUAGGAGAGGUGGAGCGCCACUUGGCGGGCGGCCACAUCGCCAUCGUCCUCACGGACGCGUCCGUGCUGUCCUGCGACCUGUGCCCCCCGUCCGCCGACGCGGGCGGCACGACGGCAGCGGCGGCGGUGUCCGGCGGAAGCCCGUAUUCAGAGGCCGGCGACCUCGGCGACGGCGUGGACGGGGACGCCGAGCGACGCGCCGGCUGGUCGUCCAGCCUCGUCUCCGGCUGCUGCUGCUGCUGCUGCUUGCCUGCGCUGGGCGCCGACUGCUGCGUGUUGUGCCAACGGCGCCAAGAGUACCAGGGUCACUUUGUUACCCUGUGUGGUUACAGCCGCUCCGCACGUGCCAUCUUCUACAACAACCCCGCCUUCUCAGACCGUAUGUGCAGCUGCACUGUGAAGAACUUCAACGACUCAAGGAAGAGUUACGGCACAGACGAGGACAUUCUGUUCAUAUACAAGGAUUCCUAGCUCAGGUCCCACCGACCCACCCCGAGACCUCAUCACAAACUACCUGCAACAAGGCUGCUCAGUUGGCAGUAGAUCCCAGGCUUCACUUACUGCGAAACGAUCAGAGUGUGAUUGUUGAAAAUUUACUUUUUUAUAUAUAUAACAGGGCUUUUACACUAUUGGAACAGUUAAGCUGGCUAUUCAUUAGACAUGUAAUGAUUCAUUUGAGCAUGAUUCGAUGAAUUGGCACGGUUCAACCUGUUUUGUUUGUACCAUCUUGUCCAUACUGGCCAUUUAGUUUUUAUUGUCCAUCUAUACGGCAUGUUUUGUCCCGUUGCAUUUUUACCGUCCCGUUCUGCCUCAAUCAGUUUAAAGCGUUAACUUGAAGGGAAUUCAAUGAAAACGUAUAUCCUUAAGACACCCGAUUUGGUGGAUCGAGCAUAAUAGCUGAUCCGUGCCUAAAGUCAUACUUACAAAUUGAAGUGCGACUGCCCAAUCAGACACCGCCAAUACCGGGUAAAUGUUGAGCGGUUAAAUCGUGAAGGACCGGCUCAGAAGCCAGGCAGGAUAACAACCCAGGCCAUUAACAGGCGUCGACCACGUGCCAUUCAUAACCGCUCGCCAACCCCAUCUCCUGCGGAAGCGGAGGUGGCUCGCCCAUCCCGUACCACAGUUUUUUUUUUUCCCAUCCCAAAGCUACGACGUUGCACAUGCCGGACUCUCCUAUCUGUAAGGAAUAUAUAACACGAGCCAAAACGCACAGGGGCUGCUUCCAUCCCAAAAAAACUUGCGCGUGUGUGCAGGGACACACUUAACACUCGGUCUAUUGUGGGCAUCUCCAACGUAACUCUGUGAAGCCGUCCAUCUGUUGUUGUUAGUAUGCACUUGUGUAAGCUGGCUUUUUUGUUUUGAUUGUGUGAAAAAGGGUUUCGGUUUGUUCUUUAAUUUCAAAAUACCGGUUUCGUUUGCCAUGUCCAGUCACUACUUAUGCACUUGCGUGUGUGGCUGUGCUCGAGUCGUGCAGCCAGUGUGUGUGUGUGCGCAUGUGUGUUCAGGUGUGAGGGAGCGUGCGUGUGUGUGCGUGCGUUUCGUGUGCGCUGCAUGCGUUGCCGUGUUUGCCAGAAAAAUGCAGACAUUGGGGGAAAAAACUGUGAAAAUGUGUCUUCACCAAAACCAAUGUACCUUAUCGGAUCUCGCUUAAAUAUUUUAAUAAAAGUUUUACAUUUA